AUGGAUGACUUCUCUGUCUAUGGCAGUUCUUUUGUGUCUUGUUUGUCCAACUUGUGCAGGGUUCUCAAGCGCUGCGAGGAGACGAACCUAGUGCUCAAUUGGGAGAAGUGUCACUUUAUGGUCAGGGAAGGGAUCGUCUUGGGACACAAGAUAUCAGAAAAGGGGAUAGAGGUUGAUCAAGCAAAGAUUGAGGUGAUGAGUCAGCUUGCUCCACCAAAGACAGUCAAGGACGUGAGAAGUUUCCUUGGGCACGCUGGUUUCUAUCGGAGAUUUAUCAAGGACUUCUCCAAAAUAGCUCGUCCUUUGACACGCCUCUUGUGCAAGGAGACUGAGUUCCUGUUUGACGAGGAGUGCCUUAAGGCAUUUGAGAUGAUCAAGACUGCCUUGGUCACGGCCCCGAUUGUGCAAGCACCAAACUGGGACUACCCUUUCGAGAUCAUGUGUGAUGCUAGUGACUACGCCGUGGGAGCUGUGCUUGGCCAGAGGAUAGACAAGAAAGCUCCACGUUUGGCAGUUCGGUUAGAGCAGUUGAAGGCAGUUGAGGAAAAGGAAGCGCCUUGGUAUGCAGAUUACGCCAACUACUUGGUGUGUGGAGAAGUGCCAGAUGGUGUUUAUGGUCUGUUUAGGAGGUGCAUAGCUCAGGAGGAAGUAGAAGGAAUACUCGAGCAUUGUCACGGAUCGAGCUACGGAGGUCACUUUGCGACUUUCAAAACAGCUUCCAAAGGUUCUUCAAGCCGGAUUCUGGUGGCCAAGCCUUUUCAAAGACACUCACGACUUCAUUGCAAGGUGUGA